AUGCUGGCCGGCGGCGCCGACACGCCGCCGCUCAGCCCCGACGACCUGCUGGCGGCCGCCGCCUCGGAGGGCCCGCUGCGGCAGCCCUACGGCCGCCCGCCCUACGGCCGCCCGCUCCAGUUCCACGCGCCCCCCGCGAGCGGCGCCGGCUCGCCCUUCGGCCUCUUCGAGGAGACGCUGCCGCUGCCGCCGCCGCCCUGCCCGGCCUCCGCCCCGAGGGGCCUGCUCACGCCGCCCUCCUCGCCGCUGGAGCUGCUGGAGGCCAAGCCCAAGCGGGGCCGCCGCUCCUGGCCCCGCAAGCGCACCGCCACCCAUACCUGCACCUACGCCGGCUGCGGGAAGACCUACACCAAGAGCUCCCACCUCAAGGCGCACCUGCGGACGCACACAGGCGAGAAGCCCUACCACUGCAACUGGGACGGCUGCGGCUGGAAGUUUGCGCGCUCCGACGAACUGACGCGGCACUACCGCAAACACACUGGGCACCGGCCCUUCCAGUGCCACCUUUGCGACCGGGCCUUCUCCCGCUCCGACCACCUGGCCCUGCACAUGAAGAGGCACAUGUAGCCGGAGGCCCCCCCACCCCACACCCACCCUGCCCCCCGGAGGGGGCACAGACGCGUCAGAGGUUCCUCGGGAUCUUGUAGCUGGUACUACGACACGUCCACCGCCAAGCGGCUCAGGAUGAGCACCGACUCCAGGGAGGACGACCCCCGGCCCGGCCCUUCUCUCCCUCCUCCUCCCCCCCACCGU